GGAAUUCGCGCAUCUUGCGCUAUUUAAGCCGCGGCAGGCUGGAGGGAGGAGGACGACGACUGCAGAGCCGUUCUCGGGAUUUCGGCGCGCCUCCGCCUCUCUUUGUCAAUUGAGCUCUCGCGGCUGGAUCUCCCGAUGGCCUCCUUUCCUCCCUUCAAACACCGAAAACCGUUUGCUUCCAGGAAGAAGGAAGUGACUGCAAUCCGGAUCAGAUUUCCUUAUAAACUGCCGGUGGUUCUGGAACGCUAUUCAAAGGAGAAAAUACUGCCGGCUUUAAACAAGGUGAAGUUUCUAGUCCCUGGAGAGUUCACUAUGGGCCAGUUUGUCGCCAUCAUUCGGAGCCGGAUGGGCCUGAGGUCCACGCAGGCAUUCUACUUCCUGCUGGACGGUAACCACAGCCUGGUGAACAUGUCCUCCACCAUGGCUGACAUCUACACCACCUACAAAGACGAGGACGGCUUCCUUUACAUGACCUACGCCUCCCAGGAGAUGUUCGGUUGAGGGCCUUCAAACCUUCUUGAGAAGUUGGCCCGGGAGAUUGUCCUUUCGUUUUCCCACCCGUUUUAUUCUGAAUUUGGCAGUUCUUCGGAACGUGUUUCUCAAACUUGGGGAGGUUCUAAUCCUCCCCCCCCCCCCGGCCCCGUUGCGCAGAACUGACUUUACGGAGGACGGUUUUGGGGUUCCUGAGCUGCAGGGACCUCUUUGGUGGCCAAUUGUCUUCUGCUUGGUGGUCUUCAAAGGAUCCCAAGCUUAAGAAUCUGGCCACUUCCCUUCCUCUGCCAGUCUUCGGCUCCAGAUUCCCCUGCACCCUUGUUCAAUUUGGGGGUGAAGGCUGAGCCCUCUGCUAUUCCCAAUCCCCAGAUUUUGGUUUUUCUCACCCCCAAAAUAAGACAGGAAUGAGAUCCCUCCCGCUUUUCAGUGUUUCUCAACCUUAGGCACUUGAAGAUGGGCGGACUUCGUCUCCCAGAAUCCUCCCGCCAGGGGAAUUCUGGGAAUUAAAACUCCACUUCUUCAAGCUUGUCAAGGCUUGAGAAAGCAGUAUGGGGUGCUAACUCCCAUCGUUGUACCGGCCGAGGCUGCUGGGACCUGUAGAAAAUUCAGCUCAACAGCGGCGGGAACGCAACACUAAGGUGGUGGGAAUUGUGUGCCAAAGGAAUCACACAACUACCUCGGAGUAGUCAAAAGUUUUCGUCGGGAGGAAAGCGUUUUGUCACGACUCGGGAAUUGAAGUGGGAAGCGUUUAAAAAUUUGCAGAGCAAAAAUGUUGGGAAUAAUGGCUUAAGUAUAAACCCGUAGUAAACUUGCACGUGGCUGGCAAGCCCCGAUGUAUUUGGAGUAUUUAU